CAUAUGCUGCAGCAAAAACAGCAUCAUGUCGACUGCACCAGGGAUGUGUUGGAAAGUGUGCUUCGCCGUAUCUCUCCUGCUGUUCCUACUACACCCUGCGACCAGUCAGGGUGAGCAGCUAACGCCUGGCUCAGGCAGUGGACUUGGGUACGGGUCGGGGCUAACUGGCACACCAGAUCCGCCCACUUGCGACGUGUAUUCAGUGACUUUAGACGUCAGUCUCUUCGAAAGUAUCAUACAAAACCUCCAGAAGGAACUAAACUGUGAAGUUUUGGAGGAAGGAUACGAAGUUCUCUUCAGGUCCUUAGAUGUUGACCUUGAGCUUUUGGAGUCGAGAAAAUCAGCAAUAUUUGCAGACUAUUUUGAAGAUGAUGAUGACAUCAAAUCCUUCUCGCUAGAAGUGUGUACAUAUGAUAUGCUGGCAACGGCAGAUGACCUCUCGUGCAUCGAGCGGCUCUUGCCUUUUGCUGGGGAAUUUGCUAAAGGAGUAAUUGAAAAUGCUGACGAUAGGGCAGGGGCCGUCUUUGUACCUAACCCAAUUCCCUUCUGGGACCACUACUACACCUCCGUUUAUAUGAGUACAAAUGGAGUUGUUUCGUUCGGGAGGCCUUUCACGCAGUACUGGCCUGUCGCCUUCCCAUACGGUUGGAGCAGUGUACCAAUCAUUGCCGCAUAUUGGAAUGACUUGGACUUUCGCAACGACAUCGAAGAUAGUGGAUUGUACUAUUCCGCAUAUGUUAGCUCAGGCCCUAAAAGGGACCAAGCAUUCCUGCAAGAGUUUUCUGAGAGAAUUUCAGCUUACACCGACGGUGUCGAUACAUACGCAGUGUUUCUCUAUCAGGAGGGAGGCAUCAAUUGGAACCGCGAUAGUCGGGAUAUAGUCAUCGGCUAUGACUCAAAGAAUUAUGUGAACUAUCUAAAUGUAGACGGCAGCGAAAGUUUCACCGAAAUUGACAGUGUGAUUGGAAACACGGGCAAUGCUGGGGAGUGGUACUUUCAGCUAGUUGACCCCGACUCUGACUCUGACCCAGAGAAAGAGUGCUUCAAGUGGGUUGGACGAGCAGAAAAAGAACACGCCAGGCGAGACUGGAGGUUUAGGUUCUGGUGGAGGUGGGGUCUCUCUUCCGGACCCAACUGUGCCACGUUGGUGUGGUCAAGAAGACAGAGCACGGUGGAGUGUUGCUACGAUGAUAGCAGUGGAGCUCUGCUGGUUGGGGGCAGGACUGGAGGGAGCUACAAACUCCACCAUCCAUUGUUCUCCAACAGAAAUUACAUCACUGAAGACAAGCAACCAUUCGAAAACUGCUGUCAAUCCUCUAGACUCUGCUCAGUGUUUUAUACCUUCAGACCCUCUGAUGACUGCAGUGAAUACAGUCCAUCUGAAAUUGGUUUUACAUGGGGUGACCCCCACUUCCAGACAGUAGAUGGGCUAACGUAUACGUUCAAUGGCUAUGGGGAAUACGUGUUACUGCAGUCUGAUGCUAACAACUUGACAGUGCAAACCCGUUUGGUGGGAGUGGACAUGAAUAGCACAGGCACAGUAUUUUCAGCUGUGGUAGUUGUUCAGGGACGUGUUCAGCCGGUGCAGGUCGACCUGAGCGAAGGGAGUGUUUUUGCAUAUGUUAAUGGAACACCUGUAGAUAUACCAUCUGAAGAAGACGAAGGGUUGAUUAUUACGGAAAGCAGAAUGUAUGCUUCCCUCAUGGAAUUUAGUGGAGAUGAACAAAACUCCAUGUCUUCCGAGUACAUCUCACUUACUUCUAGCGAUGAAAAUAUCAUCAUUUCAACAUCGACUGGUGCUUCUGUAAUGGUUUCUAGCUCCUCUUCUGCACUUCAUUUGGCAGUCGAAGUCAACGAUGCGUUUGUCAACAGUACCAAGGGUCUGUUAGGUUACUUGAACGAGGACACUUCAGACGACUUUUACAGACCAGAUGGUACUAUACUGAGCAGAAACAGCAGUGAAAGAGAUAUCUUUGACUAUGGAAUAUCAUGGCAUGUUGGUGAAGAAAUGUCCAAAUUCAAAUAUUUCGAUGGACAUAGCUACUCGACUUACAACGAUGGCUGGGACGAGCAUACACCAACAUUUACUGAUGAGCUUGACACAUCUAUACUCGAUGACUUAGACGCAGUGUGUGAAGGCAAUACACAGUGUAUUUUCGACUACGCCAUUACCAACAAUGCCAGUUUUGCUGCAGCUACAUACGCAGUCAGUACAGAGAAUGAAGAUACUCAGAAUAUCCUCGAUAAUACUCCGCCGACUAUUAGUGGUCCUACGGUAGUAUAUGUCACCAGAGGAAAAAUAUUUGAAGAGACCUUCACUGUUUAUGAUGCAGAUGGCCACAACAUAACUGCUUUUGAACUAGUUCAGUCUGGAGAUCUUAGUCUGGAUUUUAGUGGAGACACAGCUCUACUGGUUUGGGACACUCCCGGUUCAGAGCUACCCCAAACCCCAAUUCAUAUACUAGCCAAUGACAGCAUGGGUGCUGCCACUCUCCAUGCAGUCUCCAUUGUACUGUGUGCUUGUGUCAACAAUGGGACUUGCAACAACGACACUGCACCUAUGUUUGAUAGCACCAACGGACACUAUCUCCAAGAGUGUCUGUGCGAGGAGCUGUUUUCGGGAGAUUUUUGUGAGAACGAUGACAGAGGAUGCUCUGAUGACUCGUGUCCCGAGUCUGCCGUGUGUGUUGAGGACACCUCAGUUGAUGUUGGAUACAACUGCUCAUCAUGUCAGGAUGGAUACGAACUAGCACUAGACGGAAAGUGUACUGAUAUUAAUGAGUGUGAUACAGAAGAGCAUGGCUGCAUGCACAUCUGCAACAACACUGAGGGAAGCUAUGAAUGCCUGUGCGAGGAUGGCUAUGAGCUGACGGAGGAUGGCAGAAACUGCACUGGCCUUUGUAGUGGUUGUCAAAUAAUGAGCUCAUGUGCUAAAGUUGGUGAUCAGGGAUUUUGUCUAUGUUUGACCAUUGGUAAAUACUGUGUGGGAGACUGCAAUGGAACAGUACUUGCAGACAAUAACAUACAAGUUGGAGAGCAUAGCUGUGAAGAUUGCAUGCCUAAUAGAUAUGGUUACAGAUGCAAAAGAGUGUGUGACUGUGAGAAUGGAGAUUGUGACCCGGUCAAAGGUUGUGUCUGCGAUGCUGGCUACACUGGAAACCACUGCGAGUCAGAAAUAAACGAAGCUGCACCGGAAUUUGUCAACGACACUAUCAAGGCACUGAGACUCUCCUGGAACCUUCCAGAAGGUGCAGUAUUGGCACAGUUCAAUGCCACUGACAUGGAUGCCGGUCAACCAGGUGAGCUGAACUAUCGCCUCUACCAUGGCCACCAGCUCCCCGUGAACGUGUCAAGUGGGGAGGGCAUCUUCAGUAUUGACAACGAGACUGGUGUACUUGUCCUAGCCAAAGAUCUUAACACCACUCGAGGCCUGUACAGACGCUUUGUUCUUGUAGUUGUAGCUAGUGACUCUGGGCGAAAUCCACAAAGUAGUGAGAUAACCGUGUCUGUAACUCUAGAGGACACGCCAGCUCCGAUUCCCAGUUUCGACAAAGGUCUCUACAUGGUUGAGAUCUCGGAGAAUGUUCUGGAUAAUUCAAUAGUCUUGAACUUUUCUUGCACUGAACCCGAGGAUGCUACUGGUACUAGUAAUCUUACCACACGUCUAACAGAGAGCAAUGACUCCAAACUGUUCUCACUCGAAGGUGAAUAUGAUGACCUAAUGCUUGUUUUGUUGAAACAGAGAGACUAUGAAGCUCUACGAGACACAACUCUACCCCAUUAUACCCUUGAGGUUACUUGCUCCAAUCAGUAUGAGAUCACAGCAUCAGCUACCGUAGAUAUAGAAGUUUUGAACGAGGACGAUAACAGUUUUGAGUUCGACAAUGCCACGUAUUUUGCGGUUGUACCAGAGAAUGUACAACGGUACCACCACGUACUUACUGUGUCGGCGUUUGACCCCGAUAUACCUGAUGGCAACAUCACAUAUGACGUCACCGGACAACCAACAGAAUUCAGUAUACGGCCAAAUGGCACUGUUUACGUAACUUAUUCUGUAGACCGUGAAAAAGAAGACAAUUAUAUCCUCAACAUAGAAGCAACGCUAUCUUCCAGCAGAGAAGUAACUAAAGCAGUAGUUAAUAUCACCAUAUCUGACAUCAACGAAGGCCCUCCAAUUUUCAGCAACGAUCUUUACACUUCUGAUAACCUCACAACCGCUAAUACAGUGGGAGACGUUGCGUUAGCAGUUGCUGCAUUCGAUAGCGACUUUGAAAACAACGGCUCUGUAGUUUACAGCAUAGAAGAGAACGCUCUCUUUGCCAUAAACAACCUUACGGGUGUAGUCUACAUCAAAAAUGCCAGUGUUGUAUCCCUUUAUGGCUCCUAUGUACUUAAAGUUUAUGCAACAGACGAGGGUAACCCUCCAAUGAGUAGCACCUCACGAGUUGAUAUAUAUGUCGCGCCAAUACCAGACAGCAUAGAAUUUCAAGAUAUUCCAUCAACUAUCAGAAUCCAUGAAGACAACCCCAGAGGCUAUGAGAUUGAAUCCAUUGUUGCCGUUGUUGUCGAUCGAAAUGGCGGUGUUAUCGUUGAUGCACAGACAGUUGGUGAUGUACAAUAUGAGCUGAUGCAAACAAAUGGUUCUGAAAGCUUUCACAUAGGGAGGUAUAGCGGGAAUCUCAUCCUACUCAACUCACUAGAUUUCGAGGAAGUAAAAUCAUACAAUCUCACAAUAGUUGCAUCGAUACCUAACUACGCCAAUGCAACAAUUGAAUCUACGGCAUCAAUUGAAGUGUCGGUAGUUGAUGUGAAUGACAAUUCUCCAGUUUUCACGCCAUCUUUUUACACUGAGGUUGUAGAAGAAUUUACCCGAGUUGGGAGGAGCGUCCUAACUGUACAUGCCGAUGAUGCUGACUCGGGCAACAAUGCAGACGUAAGCUACCGCUUGAAAGACGGUGAAGACGUAGUACCCUUCUCUGUUGAUCGUGUGAAUGGUGUGAUUAAUGUAACUAGUGCUUUAGACACACCUCUUGAUUACAGGUUCUAUGUCGUUGCUGACGACAACGGCACGCCACGUCGCAGCUCUGAAACCGUUGUAUUUAUAUCAGUGGUACGGUCGCUGUCUGUCGUCCCUGAGUUUGAUAGGCAGCAGUAUGUCUUCAACGUCUCAGAAAAUUCCCCGCCUGGAACUGAGAUUGGCAGCGUUCUCGCUCAUGUGGCCGGGAACAACAGUAUUGAUGGAUACACCCACCUCAAGUACAGGCUGCAGGAUGCUUCAAUGUUUCAUAUUGACCCAGACCUUGGAAAUUUGUCCGUUCUUUCGGCAUUGGAUGCCGAGCAUCAGACCGUGUACAUCAUAUACGCCGAGGUUUACAAUGACACUUACGUGUUUGACAAUGCAACGAUUGAAGUGCAUGUGGACGACGUGAACGAUCAUGCGCCUCAGUUUAGACAGUCUCUCUACACAGACGUCAUCACUACAGCCCGGCCCCAACACUCAGUUCUUUUCAACGUCUCGGCUGAUGACGACGAUGAACUUGGGUCUAGAAACUCACAGGUGCAAUACACCAUUGCCGAAUCCGAGACUAUUGGAUUUGGAAUCAACCACACCACCGGAGCUGUGUACAUCGUCAACUCGACAUUGUAUGCAGGCGACUACCACUUGACGGCUGUGGCUACUGACGAAGGAGACCCACGCAUGUCUGGAACGGUCCUCGUCUUCAUUUCUGUCAUCCCAGCCAGUCCACAGAGCAUUCUAUUCGAAGAGAGCGAGUACACAUUUGAAGUCAGUGAAGAUGCUGCACCCGAGACUUUGGUUGGUAGAGUUGUAGCUCUGGACCACAAUCGCAUGCCUUUCCCCGAGGGAAGUGAUCUUAGGUACCGCUUCUCAGACGCAAAUCUGACCGACUUUGUCCACUUGACAGUUGGUCCAAUGACAGGUGACGUACUGGUCUCUAGUUCGUUGGACAGAGAGAACCAAUCUCGCUAUACGCUAGUUGUUAUUGCUGAGUACGAAGGAAACCAAACGGGGGAGGUAAAAAUGACCGUGAAUGUGCUUGACAUCAAUGACAACCCUCCAAUUUUCACAAAAGACGUUUACGCAAAGGGAAUUUUUACCACUUAUGGCAAUUCAACAGCAAUCCUGCAAGUGACUGCUUUUGAUAUCGAUGACGAUCUCAACGGAACGGUCCAGUACAGUUUCAGUGACGGAGAAAGUCAGACUGACCAAUUCCGAAUAACCAACACAGGAGAAAUUUACUCCCUGACUGAAACUAUUCCUGCGGGCGACUAUCGACUGAUUAUCACGGCGUCCGACUCAAACCCCACGAUGCCUGAAAAUAGUACCACGAUUGUGAGUAUCUGUGUCACCUACCAGCAGCCAAAUUUGCCCUUACAGAUAACGACAACAAUGUUUCAGAUACCUGAAAACUCCCCGGCAGGAACUGAGGUGGGCACGGUCCAGCUUGUAGCCGGGGGGAUGGUGAUUGUGCCAGAACACUACAGUGGAAACCUGGAGUUUUCAAUCGGAGAGGAUUAUUUCGUGAUCAAUGAAAGCAACGGAACUCUGAAGCUAGUUGGAGCACUGGACCGGGAACUGCGGAGCAAUUACUCUUUCGGAGUCACAGCUGAGUUUAGUGACUAUGACAUCCACGUCACUAUUACACUAACCAUCAAAGUUGUAGAUGAAAAUGACAAUAGGCCUGUUUUUAACCCAAUUCUGUACUCGACCAUAAUUGAUGACGGCUAUGCAGACAAUCAACGUGUCCCAACUGACGAAAUACUGGUCACUGAUAGAGACGAAGGCAUUAAUGCACAACUUGACAUCUCCCUUGAUGAACUGAAUCCGUUUGGGAUUCGCCUGAUUUCAAACACAACAGGUGAAUUACGUGGUGAGAUCAUUGUUCAGAACGCUUCCCUACUGGAGCCAGAAACGGCCUAUAUUUUCAACAUCAUUGCUUCAGAUGGAGGAAACCCACCGGAAACCGCAAUGGCUACUGUUCGUAUUCAAGUUGAAUACGCUAUUCCCGACACGAUAUAUUUCCCAUACGCUCACUAUGCCUUCAACCAUACAGAAAACUCGCCUACUGCAACUGAGGCGGGCAGGGUCAGUGUACUACCAGAUACACCGGCUCUGGAUGAUCUCGUGUACUCUGUCAGCGGAGGUUCCGGGGUUUUUGUCUUCCACAUUCACCAAUACUCUGGCGUCAUCUCCAACCACUUCCCUCUGGACAGGGAACAAGGAGACGAGUUCAACCUCACCAUAACCGCCCGGCUUAUCCACCACCCGAUUCCUUCCCUGUCUGCUACUACCUCUGUGACUGUCACCAUCCUUGACACAAACGAUAACGUUCCAAUCUUUGACCGAUCGUCCUACUCUGCCGUAGUCUAUAUUGACGAGUUGGUGACUGAUGUACCAAUCAUUAGUGUGUCCGCAAGUGAUGCAGACGUUGGAGAAAACUCUGUAAUAAGUUACUCAAUAGUUGAUCAUAGAGACUCCUUUAAUAUACUAGAGAAUGGUAGUAUAUUUGCCGUUAAUUCAACCUCACUGGAAGUGAGGACGUACAGUCUCACCGUAGAGGCCACAGACAUGGGAGACGAGCCAUUGACUGGCAGUACAAUUGUUCUCAUUGACAUUCGUCAAGGUAUCCCAGACUCCAUCGCCUUUUCUGAAGCUCAGUACAACUUCAAUGUCAGUGAGUACAACAUAUCAGGAACCGCGGUGGGAGAGGUAGCACUGUAUCCUCCACUGCCCACAGAGUUUGUUCAGUAUCGCAGCUUCAGCUCCGACAGCGAAGACUUUGUGGUCGUGACGCAGUCUGGAGUCGUACAGUCACGUCGACAGUUUGACUAUGAGUCUAGCGAAACUGUCAUAGAUUUCGAAGUGGUGUGUACUCUUUAUCUGCCUCACGAAAACGGUGUGAAUCUCACAGAUACAGCUUCGGUAAGAGUAAUUGUUCUGGAUGAAAAUGACAAUGCUCCCGAGUUUACCAACUUUCCUCACAACAUAGAGUACCGCGAGAACGUGACACAAGCGGAGAAUAUAACACGCAUAUCGGCAAACGACGCCGACGCUGGUAGCAAUGCAGAGCUAGUGUUUUCAAUAGUCAACAACAAACUCUUGUAUAUUGAUCCCAGUACAGGUGACGUAUUUGUCUUGCCUGGCCUUGAUAGGGAGGAGCAGGAAGUCCACAUAGUCUCAGUGUUGGUAACAGACAAAGGGAGAGUUCCAAAGUCGUAUCAGGACGACUUCACUCUCACUCUGCUAGACAUCAACGACAACAGUCCCGUACUGGUUGAAACAGAGUUUAGCGUGGACGAAAGGGUCUCUGGAGCUGUUGUCUUUCAACUUCAGUACAGAGACUCAGACGAACAAGAGUAUGGCAGAGCGACCAUUCAUAUUUCCUCUGGUCAAAGUGAGAAUCGUUUUACCGUAGACAGCGCUUCAGGUGAAGUGACUCUAAACGAAGCCCUCGAUUUUGAAGUUGAGCAGAGUGUGGAGUUUCUUGUAGACUUAGUUGACAAUCCCAAUGAUGACCCUUCAAACUCCAACAGAGUUGAGUAUACUGUGAUUGUGAACGUUAUUGACAAACCAGAUAACCCACCAGAGUUUGACACUGACACAGUACAGACCUUGGUCAUCGAUCCAGUCAUCACACAAGGUGACACACUAAUCCAGGGGGAAGAUUAUAGCGUUAGAGUGAGAGCAACUGACAACAGUGAAUAUAAACUGUUCUCCACUAUUGAGCUAUAUAUCACAAUUGAUGCACGCAGUCUUACGUUUGAGAAUGAAGUGUAUGCCAGUUCGAUACCUGAAGACACUCCGGUGAAUGACAAAGUGAAUCAGUUGAGAAUACAGGAGUUGGCCCAAUCUAGUGACUAUCAUUAUUCAUUCGCUUAUGAGAUCAUAUCCCCACAAGGUGUGGCUGACCCUUUCAGAUCGGAGACCGGCCAAUACCAAAUCGACAUAUUUGUAAAUGCUGAUCUAAACCGCGAGGCUGUACCCAUCUAUAUACUACAAGUCAGUGCAACAAGAUACCUAGUGAGUGACCGAGACAUGGUUGAAAGUUUGAUGGUUGACUUUACCAUAACCAUAGAGGAUGUGAACGACAACGUACCAGUUAUACCACCGCCACGGCCUCUAUAUUACGUCUCAGAAGCUGAUGCAAUAAACACAGUGGUCACCCAGGUCGUAGCUACUGACAGUGACAUUGGAUCAAACAAGGCUCUCCAGUAUUCCAUCAUCGACCCCUCAACAAGUCCGUUUGAAAUCAACCGAAAUGAUGGAACUAUCACAAUAAGACAGCAACUAGAUUUCGAGUCUCAAGAGACGUACACACUCACAGUUGAGGUAGAAGAUCUCGGAACGCCUCCUCUAUCUUCAACAGCCCCGUACACAAUACAGAUACAGAAUGUAAAUGACGUGCCACCGGCAUUUGCAGCACCGGCCUACUUUGGAGAACUAUACACACGUGCCCCGGCCAACAGCGACGUCAUACACGUCUUGCUCGAAGUGUCUGAUCUGGACGGUGACACCACCUUUACUUUCUCGAUAUCCCCCGACCCGAGUGAUGCCAGUGCUGAGGAGUACAGUCUAAGUGUAAGGAGCCAGCCACCCUACCACGUGAUAGCCAACCGAAUACCCAGCAAUGCCCAGUCAGGUCUCAGGAAAUUCACAGUCGAGGUGUCUGAUCACGUACACAAAACCUCUACAGUUCUCUACUUGGGAGUGUUUGCCCAGGAACACUUACUCCCCAUGACUGUGUCUGGGCAGUCCAAAGAAGAUUUUCUAACGGCUGAUGUUUUGAGAAUGCUAAAUACCCAACUCUCUUCUGUAUUUGGGCGACCCGUGUCUUACUACUACGAAUCUAUUGAUGAGUCCAUCACAGACACAAAAGUCUUGAUUGUGAGUGUGUAUGGGUGGUAUGGAGGCUACGGGACCAGAUACGACAAUGGCAAGGAGGAGACACGGGAGCUAUCUAACUCCGUCAGCUAUGUCACCUACAGCGAGGUGGAAGAAGGGGCAAUCGCAAGUGCCGUUUCUGCAGCGGGGAUCGGCGAUCUUGAUAUUAGCGUGGGGGACGUACCAGUCUCCAGUCCCACUGCAGAGCCGCCUACAGCAGCAGCAGCAGACAAUACGCUACUGGUGGGGAUCAUCAGUGGAGCCGUCGUGGCUGUUCUACUCAUCAUACUUCUCAUUGUCGUCAUCAGCGUCUUUGGUCGGAGAAGAAAGCCAAAGCCAGAGAAAGAUAUGUAUUCCGAUCUCAGUUACAAGCGCAAAAGACGUGCAAAGAGACCAGAGAGCUUUUCCCUCACGCAAAAAGGAACCAACAGCGACCUCGCAUAUGAGACUAUGUUUGACGACGAUGAAAUGCUUAAUGAGGAGCAGACAAUGCCUUGGAGACCUCUUCGCAAGGCCUCGACUGAGAAAGCAGCUGAACGGGGCUCAGUGAUGGAGCUGGACCGCACCAAAUACCUGGACUCCUACCAGCAAUCUACCCCCAUGCAACCUGGCCAGCGAAUGGGAGAGUAUGACAUGUUCCUCAACCGAAAUGCCCCCGAAGCUGAACGCUCCCGCAGACCAUCUCUGGACAACAUGGCAGGCACCAACACCCCCCACUCCACACCAGUACAUGCCAACAGUCGCAGUACACUCCCGGCCAAGGCUAACAGCCGAACCGCCCAUGUGAACAGCCAAACUACAUCACCAGUCCAUGUCAACAGUCGAAGUGCCGCACAGGUUGGUGUGAACAGCCGAAGUGCUGCACCAGCUGGCGUUAACAGCCGUGGUAGAGCAGCAAACAGCCGAAGUGCUAGCGUCAACAGUCGUGCUAACAGUCGUGGAAUACCCAGACAGUGACAACCCAAAACUUUACACACGAAGCAACUUUACACAAAUAUUAUGCACGCAUUAUAACAGCUUGUGUUCAAGUUAUUUUCUGUACAAAAUGUCGUGAUUUUAAUAGUGAGAGCAGCAUUCUCUAUGUACACACAUUACAUAAUAAUCUCUGUACAAUGAUUCCUACAAGCCCUAUGGUCUAGCAGUGUUAGAGCUCGUCUUUUCCGGCUGCCUCUUCUUCCUCUACCUCCCCCGCCUCCUCCUCCUCACCCUCUCCUCCCACCUCGUCCCCUAGCUGUGCCUCAAGGUCUUCCAUCGAGAAUAUCUCCUCACCGUCCUCUGGGGGAAAAUCGUCUCCCCAGUCGUCGUCAUCUUCUUCCUCUUCCUCCUCCUCCUCCACUUCUUCCUCAGCUUUGGCUGCAGCCUCGGCUUCGCGCUUCUUUCGCUCCUCUUCAUCUUG